GCCGUCAAUUGUGUCACCAUUAAUUCCAAACGCUGGUAUGAUGGUACUGUUAGAUGCCGUUGCCGACAAGCGGAUGGGUCUUAUCAUUGGAAGUAUUUCCAGUGAAAGGGACUAUAGCUAUUUGGGUAGGAACUCCAGACCUGGAAGUAAGUAUAAUUUGUCUUAUCAGUUGAGAAAACAAUUGUUUUUGACAUGGUGUAUUUAUGACUACAAUAGAGGGACCAUUGCAUGUUGAUGUCGCUAUCAACAGACAUACAAAACUACCUCAAGUUCCUCGGAUUAAAGAUACAGAAGAAGGGGCGAUGAAAAUACAAGCCCUGCCAUUCGCCUUACAUAACCAAAGAGUACAAGAAUUAGUGGAAGCAUACAAAAACCCUUUAAUACUGGAGAUCUGCCAAAUAAUUAACAGUGCAAAGGGGCUGGGUAUACAGCCUUUUGAACUAAAGAGCAAGCUUUCGGCAAAUGGAGUAGCUGCAACGGAUGAACAAAUUAGGACUGCGCUUCAAAUUGUUGUCUCCAAAGCACCUCCGUUAGCUUAUAUGGGAGGCUACAACAUACCUGUUGUGAUUUCCACGGCAUAUUUAGACGACCUCGCUGUAGUACUCGAAGCUAACUCUACUGUAAGCCGAACGGAAGAUGACCAUCAACUUGCUAAACGGCAUAAGACAGAAGAUUAUGCAUCCAACAGUACUCCUGUUAAACCGCGUUUAUGGACAGAUAUACAUGGAAACAAAGUCAAUCUUGUUUUGAGAGGAUGCACUCAAGCUAUUUUGAGUACAAUUAUCCGAAGACCUGGCGUAUCAGAGACUGCCAUUCAUGAAAAGUUUUCGCUCAUUCUUGGUUUUGUUGAAGUGAAAGAAGUGCUGGAUUAUCUUGAAACUAGAAAAGCCGUUCGCUCAAUCUCCACGAUCAUACCUCAGCCUGUCCAUUUAUUUUCUGCACCCUCUGUAUAUAAGAAAACAGAUCCAACUCACAUUGACAGCCAAAUAGUCAAAUGCUACUUCCCAAAUUAUGGAUCUUUCUAUAAAGUAAUUUGAAACAAACCCAUAUGUACAUUCAGCCACAGAUUCAGACACAUUUUUCAAGAACACCAUUGCCUAUAAUUUAAUUGAGAUACUGUCAAGAUUUGCAAUAGUCUUUAAUCA